CCAAACUCCAGACGGCGGACGCUCCCACAACUGAUCGAGCUAACCGGUCGCGACGAUCGACCAAGUCCAGUUCCGCUACACGUCUGCAUAUAAAAUACGUAUUGUUUGCACAGAAUUCGAUCUGUCAUUUCGGUUGUGAUUUUAGUAUGAUUAAUGAAGGCGAUGCCCCUUUUUGGUUUUAAAUGCUUAGGUUCCUCACGAACCAGAUAAGGAUCAAUACAUAUCCCUACUGGGGCCCCUUAAGGCAAACGUAAACAAGACUUUAACCUGACCCAGACGUGUACUUAGGACUACAUUGAGCGGACACUCGGCAAUUUCUAACUGAAAGGAAGAAAAUAUACCUUUAAUCGAGAUCCAGGGUGGUUCAUACAACAUGGCGUACGUGAUUAAGAAGACGAAAUCUGACGUAGUGUUGCCGUACCUACCUGCUGAGGGACAACUCAAGGACGGACGCAAGGUCAUUCUGGAUUACUACAAGGACGAAGACGAGGCACAGGUUCAUGCCAUUAUGACGUAUAUCGUCAAUGAGGAGGGCGAUAGCUAUCCACAGGAAGACCUAGCUGAUGUUGAGGACUUCCGAGCUUAUUAUCUGUCACAUGACGUCUUUGUUUGUCGUGACGUCACUUCCGGUGAAGUAAUAGGAAGCUUUUACGUGAAGCCUAAUUUUCCGGGACGAUCUUCACACAUUUGUAACGCUGGUUUUGCAGUUUCGAAAUCAAGUCGUGGUCAAGGUGCGGGGAAGUUCAUGGUUGGACACUAUCUUCAAAUUGCGCGUGACCUUGGUUACCAAGCAUCUUUCUUCAACUUAGUGUUUGUAUCCAACGAAACUUCUGUGAAAUUGUGGCGAAGCAUGGGUUUCACAGAGAUUGGACGCGUUCCUAACGCGGGAAACCUCAAGGGGCGUGGCUUUACUGAUGCUUUACAGUUUUAUUAUGAUUUAACCAAAAUAGAAAAGAAAGUUUAAUCAAAUCACCUCCACGACAUGUUUG